CUGGGCAUUUGGUUGAGAAUCCACAUGCCUCCUCCUCCCCCAACUUUCUCUUUCCAUCUUAGAGCCUCCUCUGUACACUCAAGUGUGUUUCACUAUGACCAGGGAAUAGACACUAAAAAUAUGUCCGGAGUGACGUGACCCACUCUCUCCCCAUCCAGGAAAAGGACGAGGCUUCACGAGAAACAGCACAUACUUUCCUUCCCUCUCUGGGAGCCUGGGGGUCGACCUACAGAUGCUUCCCCUUCCAUGGCCGAUGGCUGCCGACGGUGCCCAGCGAACCACUGGACAGGACGGCUCAGCUACAGGAGGGUGGCCACAGUCUCGGCCAGAGCAGCAGCCCCCCAGCCUCAGACCACCUCUGCUCCCCCACCCAGGAGCCUUCCCACCUCCCUCAGCCUCGCCUGGGCCCCGCCACAGGGGCUGAAGCACUGGGCGGUGGUGGCCUCAGGGGCAGUGGUGUCUACAGCCUUGGGGCCGGUCCAGGCCCGCAGGACCCUGCUCCGGGCAACUCUGCGGCCCCUCCGGGGCCAGGGAGGGACCCAGGACCCCCCCAGCGCUCACCACUGUCUCUUCCUGACCCUGCUCCCUGAGCAAGGGCUCAGAAUGGAAGCGGCUACUCCUGAGCCGAAUCUGCAGGCCAGACUGAGGGAGGUGGGGGAUGACGGGGUGAGCGGAGCUCAAGAUAGCCAGGAGCUAAAGCAGCAGCUGCAGCCGCUGCGGGAGCCGCCAGCCUCCUCCCAGCAAGAAGCGAACUAUGUGGAGAUGUGCUCUGCUGCUGCCGGAGUCCAGAGGGAGAGGCCCCGGGCCAUGGAACAGACCCCGGAGUGCGCCCCUGGGGAUCCAAGAGCCUCUGGGAGUCCCGAGGAGAAAGCCCAAGACGAGCCCAGCAAUCCAGAGGGCCAGGCUCCAGCCCCCCAGAGGAAGCCUGCUUGGUUGGAGCUCAGCAGAUCCCAGCUCUCCGGCUCUGAAGAGGGCAACCACCUCACCUCCUCCUCCUCUUCCUCCUCCUCCUCCUCCCCUGCCUCCUCCUCCCCGGUGGACAAAGCAGAAGGCGGCCUUUUCCAGGAUGAAGCCAGCACCUCCACAGGGGCGCUGGCCACCUCGUCCUCCUCUUUAGGCUUUGAGAGUGACAGCGGUGAGAGUGCAGGGAGCUGCCAGCCCCGGGGAGGAGUGGGAGAGGGAGAGGCAGGAGGAGGUGGAGGAGGAGUUGAAGGUGGAGGUGGAGGUGCAGGAGGACGACGAGGAGCAGCGAGGGGAGACGUUGGACCAGAGUGCAGGGACCUCAUCGCCAAGUCCCAGGGGAGCAGGGGCCCCCCAGCCCCCGGGGAGGCCCACUACAUCACCACCCACGAGAUCCAGCUGAGCGAGGUGGAGCAGGACAUGGACUUCGACGUGGGGCUAGCCUCCCGCUGGGACUUCGAGGACAACAACGUCAUCUACUCCUUCGUGGAUUACGCUUCCUUCGGCGGCAGCGACGAGACCCCGGGGGACAUCAGCACCCCAACCGAGGAGGAGGAGGAGGAGAAGGAGGAGAAGGAGGAGGAGGAGGAGGAGGAGGAGGAGGAGGAGGAGGAGGAGGACAACAGCUGCUACCUCAGCACCACUCCCAGCACCCACGCCACCCGGACGCCCAGCCCCUGCAGCAGUGACCCUCCCGGGCCCGGCGGCAGCGCGGGCAGCAGCAGCAGCGGCCGGGACACCAGCAGCACGGAAGUGGGCAGCGGCCCUUCUGACGGCGGCCCCACGCCCCCACCCCCCGGGCCUGGCACUGGCACUGCCCCCAGGCCCGAGCCCUCGCCCGAGCCCCCGGAGGAGGAGGCAGUGUCAGGGGCAGCCACCGCCACCGCCUCAGCAAGCAGCUGUGGGAGUGCAGCAAGCCAGAUCCUCCUAUCAAUCAAACCGACUUCCCGGGCUAUAAAUGAGCCUAGCAACGUGCGUGCAAAGCAAAACAGGAUUUAUGCAGCCAAGCAUGAAGGCGACAUGAGCCUCCGCGUCUCCGCAGCUGCCCAACAGCGUUCCAGCCCCCUGAAGCAAGACCCGGCCGCAGCCGCCGCGGCUCAGGACCAUGCAAAGAAGUUCAUCGCCGUCCCGGCCCGCCUGCAGACCCGCUGCGGGGCGGUGCGGGCCAAGGAGCUGGUGGACUACUCCAGCGGGGCCUCCAGCGCCGUGAGCGAGCUGGACGAUGCGGACAAGGAGGUGGGUAACCUGACCUCGCGCGCCUUCCGGAGCCUGGCGUACCCCUACUUCGAGGCUCUCAACAUCAGCUCCCGGGAGUCCUCCACGCUCUCGGAGGUCGGCUUCGGGCGCUGGUCCACCUUCCUGGACCUGAAAUGCGGGGGCGUGGGGGCGCGGGUGGAGCAGAGCCUGCUGCGGAGCAGCGCGGCCUCGGUGGCCGCAGGGCUGCGGAAGAGCGGCAGUGCGGCCAGGCCAGCUGCAGACCAGCUCUACAUCCACUCCAGGAAGUCGCAGACCAAGGCCCUGGAGUUCGUGGUCAGCAAGGUCGAGGGGGAGAUCAAGCACGUGGAGACGCCUCUGUGCUUCCAGAAGCAGGUCCAGACGGGCGGGUCCUGCGUGGUCACCCUCCUGGAGCCCCUGAAUGUGCGCAGCGAGAGCAAAGCCAGUUCUACCGCUGCUGCCUCCGGGCCCUGCAGGGCCACCAAAGGCUCCUCGGGCAAGGGCCCCGGCUCGGUGUACACCGAUGAUGAUGGCUCGGAGACCCCCGAGGGCGGCAAGCCUGCCCCCCGCGCCGCCGAGGGCCCCCAGAAGAAGUCCACGUUUGCCUCCAGUCUGCUCAAGAACGUCAUCUCCAAGAAGAUGCAGCGGGAGCACGAGUUCAAGAUGGAGAGGGGCGAGGUCACGGACACAUCCCACCGGAACCUCGGCAGCGCGUGCAAGGAGCUGGAGGGCUCCCUCGAGCGGCCGCGGGACCGAGGCCUGCAGCGGCAGAGCUCCCGCCACUCGGAGGCCAGCUCCGAGCACACGGUGCUCAGCGUGUCCGAUGCGGGCGGGGAGGGGUCCGUGGCGGGGUCCAAGUCCCCAAUCUUCAAAGCCAGUGCCCCCCGGGAGAGCCACGCAGGCUCUGGACCCCCGGAGGAGGUGUGUGAGAUUAAGAAGAGCGCCUCCGAGACGGUCAAGGGCAUCUUCCUCCGCAGCCAGAACAGCGCAUUCCGGUCCUGGAAGGAGAAGGAAGCCGAGAAGAAGCGGGAAGACAAGGCCCCAGCCGUGGGGAAGCUGAAACUCCCCAAGGGGGGCGACUGGAGGGCCGACCUCGGGGAGGUCUCGGCCGGCAAGCCCACCAUCAUGUCCCGCCUCUUUGUCCCCAACAUCCAGCAGACCCCCAAAGAGAAGCAGCCGGGCAAGCGGGCCACCAAGUACCCAGCUGCCCAGGCCGCCACUGCCGCCUCCUCCACGGCAGGGACCGGGCCCAAGGCCCCGGAGAUCAAGAUCCGCCUGGGCAGCGUGCAGCAGCCAGACUCGGACUUCAGCAUCGCCAAGCUGCUCACGCCCAAGCUGGCCGGCAGCAGCUCCUCCUCCGGCCUCCCCAAGGCAGGGGAGGACAGCAGCAGCAGGGGCCCACAGAAACCCUUCCGGGGAGACGGCCUGGAGAAGGUGCCCCAGUUCCAGGUGAGGGACGUCAGGGACAAGUCCAAGGCCCAGGGCCCCCUCCACCAGGUGAGGGACGUCAGGAAGCUCAUCAAAGGGUCGGGGGACAGCAGUGACAAGGGCAGCGUGACCCCGGAGCAGGGGCUGAGCGGGGCCAAGCCCAGGCAGCUGGCUGCUCCUGCUGCCCCUGGCGGGUCCAGAUCCCUGUCCCCCUUGGUGAUUACGUGCCAGGCCGUGGUGAACCAGAGGGAGGACGGCAUGGACCGGGAGCCCAGGGAGGGCCUGGGCAGAGGCGGGGGCAGCAGCGGGGGCUUGAACCCCUCCUCGCCAGAAGGGACGGUCUUGGUGCACAGGGCGUCUGGGAGGCUGCCCGUGGCCACCAUCGCCCCCAACAAGCCGGAGCAGGGCUCCUACCUGCCGGUGCUCAAGAUCAUCUCCAAGGCUUCCUCUGCUCAGAAGACCCCAGAGAAGGCCAAGGAGGAGGAGGCCAGGGAGGAAGGCAAAGGCACCAAGCCGUCGAGGAACGCCCUGGAGAAGCUGACGGCCGCCGUGAGGUCCAUGGAGGAGCUGUACAGCUUCAACAGGAACGAGUGGAAGCGCAAGAGCGACCCCUUGCCCACGAUGGCCGACAGCCACGUCCUGUCGCUCAUCGCCAGUGAGGAGAGGGAAGGGGCCGGUGGCGGGGCCGAGGGGGACCCCGACAAGCUGGCCAGACGCCUGGGCCUUGGUGAGGUGGGAGAGCAGGGCGCGGGCCACAGAGACGGAGUGGUCCUGCGAGCAGCCCCCUUGGAGCGUCUGCAGAGGAGGAAUUCCAAUGAGAGCGUGUCUGCCCGGGCUGCGGCCUUUGAGAACCUGGCCAGGGAGCGGCCCCGAUCCCUCUACAUCCCCCCAGUGCACAAAGAGGGGGAGAGGACCCAGCCCCUGCAACCCCUCCCGCCGCUCCCCAGCAGCAGGAACGUGUUCACCGUGAGUGCCAGCAGCAUCCAGAAAACGGGGGGUGUCGCUGGCAAGUUCCCCCAGGGGCUUUCUCCAGAGAGUCCUUCGGCAGCAAAGGGCAGCAAGGCUCAGGGGCUCCGGUCCCUCAAGAUCUCUCCGGCCACCCGGGCACCGCUGGAUGAGGUGGCCGCCAGGAAAAGUGGCAGCACCUUGGAAAAGAGCCAUAGUGACUGUGAAAAUUACCUGACCAUCCCCCUGAAAGGGAGCUCGGCAGCGGGGCCCGGGGCCAGGAGGGAGGGGCCCCCAGCCUCCUCUGCAGCCACUCUGUGCAGCUUGCCCCCUCUGAGUGCUCGAAGCCAGGCCCCCAGCUGCCCCAAAGGUUCCCAGGUCAGUGGAACCAGCCGGCCAGCUUGGCCUACCAAACCUGACAACCCACGGCAGUCGGUAGCGGCCCCCUCGGGGCCCCAGAGCCCCGGGCAUCCCCCCACCGCUAUCUACCAUCAGCAGCCACUGCCCUUCCCCCUGCAGGGGGCCCAGCCCCAGGUGCUUUGCUUCUCCCCACCUGGCAUGCCUGCCCCGGCACCUACAGGCCCAGCUCCGGUCCCCACAGACGCCUUCCAGCAGCCACAGCCUCAGCAGACCCAGCGAAAGAUGCUGCUGGAUGUGACAACUGGCCAGUACUACCUGGUGGACACACCAGUACAGCCCUUGACCCGGAGACUCUUUGACCCCGAGACGGGGCAGUAUGUGGAUGUGCCCAUGACCUCCCAGCAGCAAGCAGUGGCUCCCAUGUCCCUCCCGGUGCCUCCCUUGGCCCUGAGUCCCGGGGCCUAUGGACCCACCUACAUGAUCUACCCCGGGUUUCUGCCCACUGUGUUGCCUACCAGUGCCUUGCAGCCCACACCAGUGGCUCACACUCCAGGGGGAAGCGAGCUCUCCCAGAUGGCCGCAGAGAGCCCCAGCAAAGAGCCAGCUGCCAAGUUCACCGAGGCCCCGUACUUCAUGGCCUCUGGUCAGUCUCCCACCUCCUCUUCUUCCUCGGCCCCAGCAGCCACAUCCCAGCUGGUGGGGGCCAAGGGCUUCGCCCAACUGCACGGCAAACCUGUCAUCAGCAUCACUUCCCAGCCCCUGGGGCCGAGGAUCAUCGCGCCCCCCUCCUUCGACGGCACCACCAUGAGCUUUGUGGUGGAGCACAGAUGACAGGCAGUCACCAGGAAGCAGGAUGGAGCCGCUGCUGGAGCAAGACAGCAAGAUGGACUAUUCUUCUUUAAUCUGAAGGUUGCAUUGUAACAGCACUAAGAGUUCAUCUGAAAAACUUCCUCUACAUGUGUUAUUCUUAGUUUUUGCUUCUUAUGAACCAAGUGUGUAAGUUUCUAUAUUUUCCUUAACAACCCUGUUUAGAAAGUUUGUGCUAUUUGAGUUUUACUAGGCUGAUUGAAUGGUUGCAUUUUCCCCCUGUAAAAAUGAUUUUUUUUAAUACUUAAUACAGGACAUAAGGUUUUCAUUUAUCUUUUCCUCCAUUUGGCUAGACAAAAUAUCCCUUAACUAUUUUCAUAGUUCCAUCAAACCAUAUAGCAGAAUGGGAUUUGUUCUAUUGUAAACCAAGCCAGUAAAUCAAUAACUUGGAACCCAAAUCACCUUAUAGGUUCUUGGAAUACAUCAGGACUAGCUGGUAGAAUUGAAGCACAUGCUUGGAUUUUAUAUAUGAUGGGUCCUCACUUUGAAUCAUAUGCCAGCCAAGCCUAGUCAUUCUCUUGGUUAUAAUCUACAUGCUCUUUUAUCGGGUUUAGCAUGAUUUCAGGUGUGAUUGUGCAAAAUAGUGGUUUUAACUUUUGUGCUUUGUUUAAAUUUUCCAAUUUGUACAAUGUCAUGACACUGUUUUUUUGUCUUAAAAUAGAAUGGCUUAAAAUACUGAAGAGCCAGUGAUUAUAUUUAAAAUUAAGUUCUUAGUCUCAGGAAAAUAUAAAAUAUCUAUUUCCUUCUAGUAACCCAAACUUUGUUAUGAGCAUAUAGCAUUUUUUUUUUUUUGUCUUCUUCAAUGAUUCCCUCCACAGUUGCAUACUCCUGGCUCUCACGGAUUAUUUGGAGUCCGCAGAGUGACUGGUUUGGGGUGACAGAGCAGAAUGUAAGCUCCUACUCAGUGGCUCCAGAUCUCUCCAGCCACACCAAGAGCAGUGACCUAGGGUUACAUCACUUAUUCAUUGUGGUUGUAAGAGAUGACCAGAGUCCAUAUCACAGAAUCUCCCAUCAACAUUCAAUACUGCCUCAGUUGUAACCCAACUUCUGAAGAUCAUUUUAAUGAGUGUUCACAGUGAGUCUUGAAGAGUUGAUAGACCAGAUAAAUAUUUACCUUGUCGGGAAUAAUAAGUGUGUCAAAUAUAUAUUCGACAAAUGUUACAUUGGAAUAUUUUUUACUGUUUAAAAGAGUACCUUGAAGGUUUUCCCAGGCUUUCUAAUUUAAUGAAUCUCCGCUUCUUUAUUGAUUUGUUCGAAGAUAAAGCAUUCUGGUAAUUUUUUAAAAGCCUUAUUUUGAUUUUAGUAGUCAUCAAUAUUUGGUUUCUGCUUAAAAAUGAUUCUUGAAGCCAUAGGAGUUUAUGCUAUUCAUGACUGAAGGUAUGGGUAAAAAGUGGUGAGACUGAUUUUUGUAUGAUUUAUGUAAUCUCAUUAUUUUAUAGUUAUGCUUCCUAUCUCAAACAUUUAAAAAAAACAACUCAGUUUCACUUUCAAGGACUCCCUUACAGGGAUAUUUUUUUUUUCUAGAAAAUAUGUUGGAUAAAAGGAAAGGUUUGAGGGAGAAAUAAUUGGCUCUGUUCACAAUUCAAUCAAUCAUUGGGUUGAUGAGCUAUAGAAUGCAAUGAUAGCCUCCAUGAGACAUGAAACAUGAAAUAUGAAGCUGCCUCUGAAUAUGGAAAAAAUGUCCUUGUGCCAUAUUAGGGAAGUAUUAUUCGUCACAGAGGUCUUACCCAGGUGCACCAGCAGAUGCACUCCAGAACUGAAUGAAUUUUUCACCAUUGGGAACUAGUUACAGGGUCAGCCCUUCCUCAUUUUCAGUGGAGAUUGUCUUGGUAUGAGGUCGCUUUGGAUGAGUAGUACUGGAAUGGAUAAGAUUGUUUUAAAACUAUGUGUGACUUUGAGGAAAAACCAGCAGUCAUGUUGAGUAGUCAACUGCUUGCCCGCUCUCAAAAAUGAGAGACUCCUCUUUCCUAGAAUAUGUCAAGUUCUAUCUACCAAGGGUCUGGGGCCCCAUACGCUACUUAUCAUGAUUUAUCACCAGCAGAUCAGAGCCUUAAAGUCUCACAUUGAGGUAAACUAGGACAGACACUAGGAAAGAAAGGAGAACUUCUCAAUUGUUGGUUCUAUCAGAGGCCACGUCCUCUGAGGAGCUAUCAAGGAUAUAGUAAAUGUGUAAGUGGUUAAGAAUGUAACUUUAAAAUAAUAUUCUAUGAAUAUGACACUAUUGAUAAUUUUGUGGUUCUAUAUUUCCUUAAACCAUACAAAGCUGCUAGCCAUUUACUACCUCAAAUGACAGUGAGGAACAUUUUAGAAGACCUGAGAUAAGUCUAAAUCCUCAUUGUCAUUGUUUUAUCUAUUCUUGAGGUCACAUUGAUGUUUGAGUGAAGUGGUGGUGCCCUUCCUUUUCAACCAAAGUUAAGUAGAAAAAGAGUCUAUAAACCUUCCAACCCAUAAAACUGUCACCCUAACACCAUCCCUUCAGUUUAUGUUUCAAUACACAAAACUAUUUGUGAAGCAUGUGGCAUUUUCUAAAUAGUGCCUUGAGCUCAAAUCAAAUUAGAUUUGCAAAGUCUGGCUUUUGUCAUUUUCUCUCAGGGUUACAAAUAUGACUCAGUUUUUCAAAGGAACCACAGUGCAUUGUGGGUAGAAAUGUUGACCCAUUUCCUCUUUUUUUUCUUUCUUUCUUAUGGUUAAAUUGUCAGGUUGAAAUAUACUCUGUUUGAUUUGUUUUUGGAAAACUGAACACAUUUGUAACCAGUAUGAAAAUUAAAUUCACCAGAAUGUUUUUUCUUAAAAUCACUCACUGAAACUGCCUUCAGGGUUAAAUAAAGCCCAGAUAUGCAGACAUAUAAGCUGUCUGUAUGUCUAUAUAUGUCUGUGUAUAUGGCUCUUUCUAUAUCAUUGAGUAAAUAAGUUAAAACUAAUUGCAUCUUGACAUCACUAUAAUAAUUUUCAAUUGUUAAAAACACAUUUCAAAUUCAUCCUUAGAUCACUAGGAAAUGCCUAGUAAUAUAAAUUGUCCUUUAAUUUCAGAUUUGACUUUAUCUUAGCCUCUUAAGGAGAUUUAAUGUGUUUAAAUUAUUUUCUUACUCCAUGUGUUUGCUGCAAAUUGAAUGCUCAUGUUAACUGAAAUACUUUGGAUACUUUGGACUGCAAGACAGUAUUAAUUACUAAGUAGAUUACUAUACUCAUGAUACAUAUAUAUACAUAUACACACAUAUAUGUGUGUGUGUGUAUGCAAGAGAAAACAUAUUCAAUGAUAUUCUCUGUGUUUAAAAACUAUCAUAGUAUACAUUUUCCUAUGUGGUGCUUGAGGAGUUUCAUUCUACAGUUUACAAGGUGUAGGUUUGUACCCCAAAUUCUCAGGGUAUGCUAUUUUACCCAAAUACUUGAAAGAAAAAGGUGCCCUGUACUUUAUCAGUACUGUUGAGGGGGAAAAUGAUAAAUUAUGUGUAGGUUUGUUUUAGAAAAAUCAAAUUCAUACAAUAUGUUAGCCUCUUACAGAAUUUCUAAGGAGAUAUACAUAUAGUUAUGAUAUAUAUUUUCAAGAGACUAUUUCUACAUUCUUAACUAACUUCUGGGUCCUCAGUAGACCUUACAGGUGCAUAAAAUCAUUAAUAAAACAUUAGCAUUUGCUAAACUGUACUUUGAACUUGAAUCUAAUCAGAAUUGCGGACUCUGGGGGGAAAGCAUGGUAAUCUAUGGCACAUGUGAUUACAAGGCCCAGGGGAGGAUUCUGAAAAUUGGACUUGUUUGUGUGGCCCAUGUGUCAGAAGAAAACUGAACUUCACAGCAGCAUUUGUAAGCUGUUAAUAUUCUCGUUCCAGGUUGCAACUAGAGCAUAUUAUUAAAUGUAUUCCCAUUUAAUUCUUUAAUU